AAGCCUGCUGCUUAACUACCAGGUUGCUCUGCAGACCUCCGUGGACAUGGCAACAGUUGUCAUGACGACCGUUGUACACAUUAGCACCCUCUGACGGUGUGAUAAAUUAAGGAUGCCCAUGGACACAAGAGGAGGUAGCUCAGACUCAGAAAUGGAAGCAGCUUGCAAAACAGAGACAUCCAGAAAGAAAACACCUAGUUUGAAACUGUCCGUUGCAACACAGCUUCCAGAGAGCACCAACUGCCUGGCAUGCUCGGAAGACGGUCGGUACCUCAGCCUGGGUCACUCCCAGGGCUUGUCUGUGUGGUGCGCAUCUUCUCUGAUCUGUGCUGCAGAGUGGCUGCAGGACGGACUGGAAAUUACAUUUAUUCAAAUGACCAGAAUGGCAGAGAAGGCCUAUCUGCUUGGCACUGUUGAUGAUAUGGGUGUUGCCAGAGUCUUUGCAUAUCACUGUGAAGGCAUUCACCCCCUCAGUGUCAUUAACGUCAUGGAAGAUAUCAACAAAAGAAGCAUCUGCUUGACAUUUGAACUGUCUGAAGGGGGAGAUUAUGGAGCUGCAUCAAUCAGCUGUAACGGUGCCGUUUGGCUUGAGGUCUACCACUUCCCUUUAGAAGCAUGGCUGAAAGAGUUAGAGAUGGCACAAUCACAAAAACAGGACCCAAACUCAACUGGAGGUGUGGAUGUGAAAUCAUCUCCAGAGCCAGUUGUGAUUAAAAUCAAGCCACCAAACAUUCCAGCAGGGACGGCAUUGGAUGGUUCACUUGACGUGCAGCUGACGGAUUUUUUGACACACUGUUUGGCUCUGGACGUAGACACCAGCAGCAGUCAUCAAUGGGAGGAACGGUCUUUCGAUAGAGAUGCAGGAAAAAGGAAAACAAAUGAAAGCCCAAGAUGUUGCACCCAGCACUUUCUUCUUCCCUGUGGUCAGUUUCCUGGUGACAGUAAAGCAAAGUCUCAGCCAGCAGCAUUGCCUGUUGCUGUCUGUGUGUGGUGGAGUGGCAGCCAUAAUCUCCUUCAGUAUUUGCUGCAAAAAGCACCAAAGAACAAACCAGAUGUGGGACUCGUGCCAGAUGUGUUGUGGCCGAAUGCAAAGGAAAUCCUCUGCUCUGCUGUUAGUAGAUGCACCCGUUACAUAGCUCUCGGGCUCGAUGAUGCUUUGGUGUGUGUGUGGGACAGGCAGUCUGGGUCUCCGUUGUCUGUUGUCUCAGUGUCAGCAACAGACAGUCCCUUCUUCAGGAUGCAAUUUGUGGAUUACUGGCCCGAGUCCGUCGAUGAUUCCCAGACUUUUACUUUAGCAAAAGUUUUUCUUUUGGUGUUGUGUAAAAGUGGAGCAAUUCAUACAGUCACCACAGGACGAGGGGAACAAUCCUGCCACAUGCAGCUCUCUGAAAGGCCAAAAGACAGCGGGGACCUCCCAACUGUCACUGCAUCAGUGCCGUUCCUGCAGGGUUUGUCUCUUGUGGUGCAAAGAAAUGGAAAAAUCUUCCUCCAAGAUGUCAUCAACAAAACCACUGUGUGCUUCUUGGUUCCUCCAAAAACUCAUCUGAUUUCCACUCCCUGCAAUCCUGUUUAUGCUCUGAACACCAAACAGCAGACUCUGUUCAUACAAGGUGAUGAGGACCCUAGCUGCAGUGCGUCAUCUAAAGGAGGAAGCCGGAGUCAGCUUUUCAUCUUCCAUUUCGGAAAGCGUGGCAUCAUCAAGCAGUAUAUUGUUUCACCUCCAGACUCUCCACGACGACAAAACACACUGAGCUGUGCCACUCUAGAGGAAAACUGCAAUCUCUACCUCGAACAAAGAGCGCUGUCUGUGGAUGAAAGGGACAAAGCGAUAUUGCAGACAUGGAAGCAGCUACAGGAAACUGCAGUGAUGGUACAACAGAGACACAGCAGAGCUGCAGCCAGCUGAAGAACUACAACAAAUGUUUUUUGGCACAGAGGUACUAUUGUACAAAUGUUAUGUUGGUUAAAGGCUUCUUCUAAUUCCCACCACCUUCAUUGCACUAUUCUACUCUCCACGCAGUGCUCAUUUUCACACACACAUAAUUUUUCCGUGUCAUCAGUCAUACAAAGAUGAUAUACAAAAUGAUCCUUUCUUUUCUUUUUUCUAUUUCAAACUGCCGUCUAAUCAAAUCAAAAAAGCAGUCUGAGUUAUUGUUGAAAAGCAGAUACCUUACAGUCUCCUAAUAUAUAAAGCUUUGGGCAGAAUACAAACUGCAUUUUUAUGACAUUAGCACUGUAACAUUGAAUCUUCAGAAUUCAGUAAAAAUAAUAAAAGCAUGGCUAAAUGUAAGCAAACAGUAAAAGCUUGGAGUAAGCAGUAAAUGCCAUGGUAAUUGGAUCAAAGGUUGCAGGACUGUGUCCAUUCUUCAAAUAAAUGUUUCUUGUGUUGAAUUAGACAAAAAUAUUAAAUCUGUGGUGCUGGAAGGACGUCUCUAAUGUGUAUUUUAAAAGGAUGAGUGUAUUCAGGCUGAUUAUGACUGGGCCGUAUUCAGUCAUGGCACGGAGGCUUUUUGUUGCCUUUGGGGUCCUUGAAUGUUUCAUAUGCCAUGUUUUUAAUGUCAGAAGACACUAAAAAAACAGGACAGGGUGCAGAGAUUUCAGUCUUUAAAAUACCAAUUCAGGACUUUGUAUAUACUCUGAAAGUAUAGGUUUAGUUUGGGUGUAGGCAGUAACAAUAGAAGCGGUAUGUUCUUGUGCAGCUAAACAGUCUCAUGCCACUGAUACAGUUUUUAAUUUAAUGGAAAGAAAAACAAACGUUUUAUUUAAUUCUUUGACCGCACUGAGAAGUAAGCCCAAUAUGAAGCAAAAUGUAAAGUGAAAAUAAUUACUCAAUUUCUGUUUUAAAGGCAUUUCUUUGUAAUAAAUCAAAAGCAGAAA